GCUGUGCAUCGGCUGUCGUGAUUUUGUGAAUGGUUAGGAGAGAAUGGAAUUGAACAUUUAAAUAUAAUUAGAGAAGAUUUUGAAGAUAAUUUGAAGGGGUUUAUUAGUUUUGAGUUGUUUGGAACAAGUAUGGGUAUGAUUGAACGGAGCAGUUAAGAGUGGUCACGGUCCUAACCUCAAAAAGGGAUACUGAUUGAAAGAAUGCUAUGAAAUAAGAUGCGCUAUUUCUCUUUCUAUAUUUUAUCGUAUUACAUUAAUUAAAAAGAAAUUAAAAUGUCACUCGGCAACAUUAAAGUACUGCUUCAUAGUGUUAAGUAUAGACAGACAUAUUGUCGUGCAAUUAAAAAUUAUGCCACAUCGAGCAGUAUACAAAAGUUCAAUGUAAUAAUAAUCGGUGGUGGCCAUGCUGGAACCGAAGCAUGCGCUGCAGCUGUUCGAAUGGGAGCUAAAACAUUACUUGUUACGCACAAAAAAAGCACUGUGGGUGAAAUGUCCUGCAAUCCAUCUUUUGGUGGUAUCGGAAAGGGGCAUCUCAUGAAAGAAAUUGACGCACUUGACGGAGUAUGCUCGCGCAUAUGUGAUAAAUCUGGGAUUCACUACAAAAUCCUUAAUCGUCGAAAAGGACCAGCAGUAUGGGGUCACAGGGCUCAAAUAGACAGAGGUCUUUAUAAACAGAAUCUCCAAGCGGAAUUAUUUAAUAUGCAAGAAUUACAAAUACGAGAAGCUGCUGUAGAAGAUCUAAUACUACAGGAAGAUUCGCCUCGAUGCUGUGGAAUUAUUCUCAGGGAUGGUACAAAGAUAUUUGGCGAUGCAGUUGUAAUAACAACUGGCACCUUUUUAAAGGGUCAGAUUAACAUUGGAUUGGAGCGAAGGCCUGCUGGCAGACUGAAGGACGAACCAAGUAUUGGACUAGCGAAUACUUUGGAGAGAUUGGGAUUUAGAAUGGGACGACUCAAAACUGGCACACCACCAAGACUUGAAAAGCAGUCGAUCGACUUCGGAAAGUGUAUGCUUUAUCAACCCGAUAAUCCACCAGAGCCAUUCUCGUUCCUGAACGACAAAGUUUGGCUACCUUAUGAAGAGCAGUUGCCAACUUAUUUGACAUACACUAACGAAAGAGUUGGGAAAAUAGUAAAGGAUAAUAUGCACGUCAAUCUACACGUUACCGAAGAAGUUACAGGACCUAGAUACUGUCCGAGCAUUGAAAGUAAAAUAUUACGAUUUGGCCCAAUCCCACAUCAAAUAUGGUUGGAGCCAGAAGGACUCGAUUCUCCUUUAAUAUAUCCCCAGGGUUUAUCUUGCACUUUACCUGCCGAUAAGCAAGAGGAACUCAUUAGGUCCAUCAGUGGAUUAGAAAAUGCAGUUUUAACAUCACCAGGGUACGGAGUGGAAUAUGACUACGUAGACCCACGGGAAUUAACUUACCAAUUGGAAACCAAAAAGGUCCCAGGAUUAUUUCUCGCUGGUCAGAUCAAUGGGACCACAGGGUACGAAGAAGCUGCUGCUCAAGGAAUCGUAGCAGGAGUUAACGCUGCAGCUAAGGUUUUAAACAAGCCCCCUUUAAUUAUAAAUCGUACGGAAGGAUACAUCGGAGUUCUCAUCGAUGACUUGACUACCCAAGGUACGACAGAGCCUUACAGGAUGUUCACCAGCAGGUCCGAAUUUCGUGUACUUUUGCGACCUGACAAUGCCGACCAAAGACUGACCGAGAAAGGCUACGAAUCCGGCUGUGUCUCGAACUAUAGAAUGGAAAAGACACGAAAAAGUAAGGAAAAACUGCAAGCAGGCAUUAGCCUCCUAAAGUCAGUUGUUAAAUCACCGUUUGAAUGGUGCAAAAUUUUGGGUCUUAACAUGACAAAGAACGUGAAGGUACAGUCGGCUUUCAAUGUGCUGCACUAUACUCACGAAGACAUCAAUGUAACAACAUUAGCGAAGGCUAUGCCAGAAGUUUUUGGACCUCUUAGCGAAGAUACUGCUUUAUGCCAAAGAUUGAAGAUCGAAGCCCGAUAUUCAAUUCCUAUUUCGGAGCAGUUGCACGAGGUGCAAGAAUUGCAGCAAAACGAACGAAUGCUCAUACCGAAGGACAUCGACUAUUCUUCGAGUCAGCUAAACAUAUCCUACGAAGACAGAGACAGGCUCAUGGCAGUUCGCCCGCAGACAAUCGCUGCAGCUAGUAGAAUAUCCGGAGUUAAACCUGCUGCAGUUGUACGACUCAUGUACUACAUCAGAAACAUUUCAAACGCCAGGGUCUAAGGGGGAUAAACGACGAUGUAAAAAUGAAAAUAACUGUACAAAUGUAUCACUGUAAAUCCCAUAAACGCCAUGGCGAUUAAAAGAAAUUAUGUAUAAGAGAGAA